AUGGGUGCUGCCAACACGAAGGAGGAGUUUUGGCAGGACGACUUUCCUGCUGCCGAUUCACCAAAUGUGUGGAGCCAUGUGCCGUGCAUGGUUUCAGACGACCUGUGUCAGAGCAUCAAGCCUGAGCCAUUGUAUCUCCCACCCUGCAUCGUGGUUCCACAGGUCGUGCAAAUGGAGAGUCAGCAGCAGUCUUUGGACAGAAGCGCUCACCACAAGAGCGCUUUGGUUGCCAGCGCACCGGUUCCAAGUGCUGCACCCGUCGCGCCUCAGCCUCAAGCCGCCAUCGCCUUGAAGGCCGAUGCCAGUCCCAAGGAGGUCUCUAAAGAGGGCGAGGCCGCGCAGGCCGGCGAGCCCGAGCCGCCUGCGGAGCUGACUGGCCGGCGCAAGAGCCUGUUUAUCGGCAUCAACUACUACGGGUCGCAGCACGAGCUGCACGGCUGCGUGGAUGAUGUGCAUCGCAUCAUGCCGCUGAUCCACGGUUGGGGCUUCCCAGAAGACGAUGACCACUGCCGUGUCUUGUUGGACUCUCCUGACUGGCCCCGGGCCAAGCGCCCGACGAAGGCCAACAUCAUGGCGGCCAUCUCCUGGCUGGUGACGGGGGCCGCUCCAGGGGACGCGCUGUUCCUGCACUAUUCCGGGCACGGCGGUCGCGAGCCCCGCACGGAUGGCAGGGGGGAAUGGCAUGAGACGCUUUGCCCCGUGGAUAUGGAGGAGGCGGGUAUGCUGAUGGACAGCGAGCUGUUUGAGACGCUGGUGAGACCGUUGCCCAGCGGUUGCCGGCUCACAUGUAUCCUCGAUGCUUGCCACAGUGCUGGGGCCCUGGAUCUGCCCUACAUCUUCACUGGCACUCCGGAGAACAUCAAGAAAGCCCUUGCCGGAGAGGCGAUGCAGAUGGCUCUGUCCAAGAACUGGCUCCGCGAUUUCGAGCGCUGGUCUGAAGCAGAAGAUCCAACAGCGCUUCUGGGGGACAUCGCGUCCAUGGGCCUGGGGCUUUGGGAUAUGUAUUCGCGGUACAAGGCGAACGCUGCGGCCAACCAAGAUGGCUUUUGCCCCGACGAGCCUGGGAACAUUGGCAUGGCAGUGGGGGAGGUUGUGGCCAUCACAGGAUGUGCCUCUGACCAGACCAGCGCGGAUGUGGGGGAUGUGCACUCCGAGUUUCAGCUGCCCACAGGAGGUCAUUUGCGCCCAGGCCAGAGGAGCACAGCGGGAGGAGCCCUGACUUCAGCCUUCAUUGAAGCCAUGGACCCCCAGGCCAUGCAGGGCAGUAUCAGCCACUUAGAUUUGCUGGAGCAUUUGCGUGCGCGCCUGGCCGAGGCUGGCUACAGCCAAGUGCCCCAGCUGGCAUCCUCCAUGGUGCUGGACUUGAAGAAUUCCUUCUCGCUGACCGCCUUGGCGACGGCCAAGCAGCGCCAGUGUGCGGGCCAGCCCUUGAACAGCCAGCCCAGCCGCUCGGGAUGGGCAGGAAUGGCAAGUCAAGCUGUGGGAGCGAUGGGCUCGGGUGGCUACGGUUGUGCACCUGGCAUGGGCGGCAUGGGCGGCAUGGGCGGCAUGGGCGGCAUGGGCGGCAUGGGCGGCAUGGGUGGCAUGGGCGGCAUGGGCGGUGGCAUGGAUGGUUUGGCCGGCCUUGGCAUGCUGGGUGCCCAGCAGUAUAUGCACCCCAGCCAACCGCAGGCGCAGCCGGAACCGGCGCAGCCGGAACCGGCGCAACCUGCAGGCAUGUUCUCCGGGCUGUUUGGAGGGAGUCGUGGCUUCGACGAGGAUGAAUUUGAGGAGCAGUGUGCGGACGAUGAUGAUGACGAUUAUGAGGAUGACGAGGAGGACUAUGAUGACUACGAUGAUGAUGACUACUAG